AAUGCUAUACGAGUUUGAAACCACUCUCUUUUAGGUUGAACACUUAGAAAAUUUUCCAAGUCUAAAAGAAUAGCCCUUUCUUUAUAAAUAAAGAGCAAGAACCUUAUUGCAAUAAUUAUUACAAAAAACAUUAGAUCCUUUGCAAUUAGCAAUCAUCCAUUACCAAUUAGGAGUAAAUUUUCUAAAUUGUAAAGAAAAUGAAGAAUGUAAUUUUGCUUUUUCUAUUCAAUCUAGCUAGAAAGAAUAUGGCAAAAUCGCUAUAACUCUUUUCAUAGAUUGAAGACAUAGAAAAUUACUUGACUUAUAUUUAAUCCAUCUACAAUCAUUUAGGAUUCUUGGCAAUUAAUUUAGACGAUAAUGAAACUGGAUUAGCCAUAUUGGCAAAAGCUGAACGAUUAGGAGAAUACUUAAUAACUAAAUAAGACUGUGAAAAGAGACCCUUAAAAAUACAAGGAGGAUUUGAAAAAGCCUAAGAAUUUUACACAAUCACCUUGAUUUAGAUUGCUUAAGCACGUCCUACAAGUAAAAUCAAAGAAAAAGUAUAAAUAAAUUAAUGAAUUUAGGUAGCUUUUCAUUGUGGAUAGACAAUGAUAAGAUAACUCAAAUCUAAAACUUAUGAAUUAAGAGAUUUGAUUCUCAACUGCAUAUCUUUAUCUGAUUAUUAUUCAGGUUUAUAGAACUUCGCCUAGGCUUUUUAUCUGCUUUUAGUUGGUGAAGCAGUCAUUCCAGAAGGAAAAAGAAAAAAACUGUAUUCAUCUAUUAAAAUCCUAGUCGAGCCACUUUACAAAUGGCUUAAGGGAGAGUAAUAGGAGGCAUGAUGUCAUAUUGUAUUGAUUGUAUUAAGAGCAAUUAAUAGAAUGACCCUACUCUUCCUAAACUAUUUAAUAAAUAUAGCAUUACAUUUGAGGAUGUUAAUGUGAAAUAAUUAGUAUUGUUAACUUUGUUUACUUUAGGUAUUUUAACCAAGUAAAACAUUUGAUGAAAUAAAGUCCUAAUUUAGACAGGCUAAUACUUUAUACAAAAAAGCCAUGUCUCUAUUUGUAUUAGAUGGUUUUGUUACAGAACAUAUCCAAAUACUUAGUGAUAUUUCCACUAUGUAUAGAGUUAUUACAUUUCUUGAACCCGACCCCAAUAAUGUUAUUUCCUAUUUAGAAAAAAGAUUAGACCUAUUACUUCCUGUAUUUAAUUCCAUAAAUCCAAAAGCUUAUUAAGAAAUUUAUGAAAAAUUAUUGGUUGAUGUUGCAGAAAUCAAUAAUGAAUUAUAUGAAUUCAUUGUGAAAUUUAAUGAGAUUGAUGAUAUUUAGGGGGGUAAAAGUAAAAAAUUAACUGAAAAAAUGAAUAAAGCUUGUCUCAAUGCUAUUCAAUAUUAUGAAAAAAUAGUUGAAUAAUUGAAAUUGCUUGAAGACAAUUAAAGAGACUAAGCAUAUUACUUAUCUAUUAUUAGGGCUUAUUUAAAUAUUGCUAAGGCAUAGUCUAAUUACUUUUCGAAAGACAAAAAAAUUAAAGUUACUUACUUAGCCAAUUCUUUAAAUUAAUAUAAAUAGUUGGCCGAAUUUAUCAACUAAUAAAAUUAACAAAAUCAAUUUUAAGCUGAGUUAUAAAUGUGUGAGGAAAUGAUUUACAUUUUACCAUCGAGGAUUGAUAGAAUUAAUUAAUUGUGA